AUGUUGUUAUUAUUAUUAAAAAAUCCAUUCAAAUCAAUAUCUCGAUCUUCUUCAAACUAUUACAAUUGUUAUAAUAACCAUUUGACUACUACUAAUACACCUCAAGAUAUAGAAAAAGCUGAAAGAUGGAUAAAGAACUUUACAAGAGAAAAAAUACCAAGAGAAAUGUUGGAAAUUAGUUUUGCAAGAAGUAGUGGACCUGGUGGACAAAAUGUUAACAAACUUAAUACCAAGGUGGACAUUAGAAUUAAUCUGGAUAAAGCUUAUUGGAUACCAGAAUAUGCAAGAAAUAAAAUAAAAAUCCAGGAAUCAAAUCAUAUCAAUAAGAAAGGAGAACUUGUAUUAGUGUCUCAAUUAACACGUACACAAUCUAGAAAUAUAGAAGAUUGUAUUGAUAAGUUAAUUACAACAUUGAUAGAUUGUAUAGAUUAUAGAAUUGGUAGUCAUGAGUACAAUCCAUUUUCAGGUGAUCUUAAUUUAAAUCAGUAUUGGUUAAGUAUGUCACAACAAUUCCUAUUUUCAAGAGUUGCAUUGGAUUACAUUGGCUUUCUAUACCAAGUUGUAGUGUAG